UGAUAUAAUUUAAAAAUUAAAAUUAGGGGGAAAAAUGCAUGUAUAUGUAUAUGUGUAUGUGUAUGUAUAGAUUAGGGUAUGAGAUUUGAGUGUGAAUGUUGAUGAUUUGGUGUGGGGUGAAUUGGUGAAGAAUAUAGUAAGAGGGGUGAUAAGUGCAAACACGAAAGAAUUUUUCGUGUUUGUAGGAAACGAUAGGAGUGACGGAUUCGACAAGUGAAAAUAGGAGGGAGGUUGGUUGUGGAGCUGCUGGUCUGGAGUGCUUACUAAAUAUUGUCAGGGCCCUAAGAAUGGGGUCCUGCUUAUCUGGCAGCGAAAGCAGGAGCCCUCACCCAAGCUCCCCAACCACACCUACUAGUUUUGGUGGUAAAAAGCGAAGGAAUUCCAAGAAACGAACGUCUAGGAGUUCUUCGUUUAAUUCGCAGAGGGAAGAUCACCUUCAUCGGAUUCCUGGCAGGAUGUUUUUGAAUGGUUCUAGUGAUGUUGCUUCGCUUUUUACUCAACAAGGGAAAAAGGGUACCAAUCAAGAUGCCAUGAUUGUUUGGGAGAAUUUUGGGUCAAGAACAGACACAGUCUUCUGUGGUGUGUUUGAUGGUCAUGGCCCUUUCGGUCACCUGGUUGCUAAGAGAGUGAGGGACUCCCUCCCCUUGAAGCUAAGUACAAAUUGGGAAGUCAAUGUCAAGGGUAGUAGCGAUGUCCUGCGGGAAUACACCCUUAAUGAAGAAACACCUAUUAUUUCUGAGGAUUCCCGGGCCUUUUUAGAUCUUGAAAUCAAUACGAACCCUGAGAAAUUGCAGGUGCUAAAGGAUUCAUUUCUGAAGGCUUUCAAAGUCAUGGACAGGGAACUGCGGAUGUAUGCUAAUAUUGACUGUUUCUGUAGCGGGACUACAGCAGUAACCCUGAUUAAACAGGGUCAGGAUCUUAUAAUUGGAAAUGUUGGGGAUUCCAGAGCCAUAUUGUGCACUAGAGAUAAAAAUAAUUCUCUUGUUGCUGUUCAGCUGACUGUGGAUCUAAAACCAAAUCUUCCAGCGGAAGCAGAACGUAUUCGGAAAUGCAAAGGGCGAGUUUUUGCCCUUCAAGAUGAACCUGAUGUCACUAGGGUUUGGCUACCUAACUACGACUCUCCUGGCCUAGCCAUGGCUCGUGCUUUCGGGGACUUUUGCCUCAAAGAUUUUGGUCUCAUCUCUGUCCCCGAUAUCUUUUAUCGUCAUUUAACCGAAGAUGACCAGUUUGUCGUCUUGGCAACUGACGGGAUUUGGGAUGUGCUCACAAACAAAGAUGUAGUCAAUAUUGUAGCCUCUGCUGAAACACGUUCUUGUGCGGCUCAAGCAGUGGUUGAGUCAGCGGUACGUGCUUGGAAGUACAAGUACCCAACUUCUAAAGUUGAUGACUGUGCAGUUGUUUGCCUAUUUCUUACCCCGCAUCCGGAAAACGUCUCCACUGCUUCAGCUACUGACAUGGCUACUUCCAUUGAGAAAAACGAGCCGGUUUCCUUGAAACCUAGUGAUACAGUUACUGUUCAAACUGGUGAAGCGUUGCAAGGAGAUGGAAGCGAUGCAGAUGAUGAUGACGACCUUGCUGGAAACCUAGAAGAGGAUAAGGAAACCAUGAACGACGAAGGUGUAAUUGACUGGUCCGCCCUUGAAGGUGUUUCUCGUGUCAACACAUUGUUAACUUUGCCACGGUUUGUGCCUGAAGAGGCAGAAAAACAAACACCGGAACAGAAAAAGACCAAUUGAGGACAGGUUUCGGGAUUUCCGUUCCAAUCUAUUGUUUCUUUGUUCAAAUAUUAGAAGAAAAAAGGAGAAAAAGAACGAAAAUGAAGCAGAAAAAAAAGGAACAAAGCCUCGACUGUAUUAGAGUGUCGGGGCCAAAUUGAUAUUUUUGUAAAAGCAGCAGUGCUUCUUGGGUAAAAUUUAAUUUCAAUUUAUUUUAUGUUUUUGUUUUGCUAAAGUUAUGCCAUUUGUUAAUCAAAUAAUAAUGUAAUUCAAUUUUUAUAUAUUUCAUAAUUUGAUUUUUAUGAUCAAAUAAAAGUAGAAAACCUUGCGUGGAUGGUGAUUCAUAAUUA